AUGGGAAAAUGCUACUUAAACACAAAUUGCGUCGAGAAACCAUUAGCAAGGCUUUUAGGCAAACUGGGAUAUGUUGUAGGUAGAUUUCCAUGGGUGUUCUUGAUUUUACCCAUGAUCAUAUCAGCGGGUCUAGGAGCUGGGUUUUACUUCAUUGAAGACAGAGAGGCAAACGAUAUAGAGGAGCAGUUUACUCCAAUUAAUGGACCGGCAAAGACAGAAAGAGCAUUUAUCAUGGAGCAUUUUCCCCAAACCGAGUUCUCGAGCCUGAGACUGCACACCGAAGGCACGUAUGCUUCGUUUAUUGCCAUCCAUAAGGAAAACAUUCUCAGUAGCAGUGUGUUUCAAGAAAUUGUAAACUUGGACCAGAAAAUACAACAGAUUAAAAUACCUACAAGUAACACCUUUGGAAGUUUGUGUGCCAAAAAAGAUGGAAAAUGUGCAUCAAACUCAACUUUGGGUAUCCUGGAUGAUGAUGUUAAAAAUAACAGGGACAUAGAAUUUCCGUGGCACAAGUCUGAAUUCUUCGGGUCAGUGUUAGGUGGUGUGAAGAAAAAUUCUUCUACAGAUUUUGUUAUUUCUGCGUCGGCUUUUAGAAUUUAUUAUUACUUACAAGAGGACAAUCAGGCCGAGACUGACCAAUGGCUGGGGAUGUUUACAAAACUGAUGUCAGAUCACAACGCCAAAGACAUGAGCUUCUCCUACUUCACUUCACUAUCACGAGCGGAGGAGUUCGAGAAGAGUCCAGAUGCAGUGAUUCCUCUCUUCUCCGUCACUUACUUCCUGGCCAUUAACAUCUCAAUCCUCUCAUGUAUGAGACUGGACUGUGUGCGUAAUAAGGUGUGGGUGGCCACCUUUGGGGUGUUGUCUGCUGGCCUGGCCGUGCUCUCCAGCUUUGGGCUGCUGCUCUUGUGUGGGAUGCCCUUCGUCAUGACUGUUGCAUCCUCACCAUUUCUCAUUCUAGGUAUUGGUGUGGACGACAUGUUCAUCAUGAUCUCCUGCUGGCAGAAGACAAAUGUGAAAGCCAAAGUGGAGGAUCGCAUGGCAGAGACCUACAAGGAGGCUGCCGUCUCCAUCACCAUCACCACCCUGACUGAUGUCUUGGCCUUCUACAUCGGCCUCAUGACACCCUUCGGGUCUGUGCAGUCCUUCUGCAUGUACACCAGCACUGCAAUCCUCUUCUGCUACAUCUACAACAUUACAUUCUUCGGUGCGUUUCUAGCUCUAAAUGGUCAAAGAGAAGCAAGUAACAGGCACUGGCUGACAUGCAAAAGGGUCGAAGAACCAGAUGAGGAUAGAAAAGGAAAUGCUUGCUCAGUAGGAGGGGCCUAUGAUCACGAGACAGGUGCAGAGGAGGAAAUGCCAAUCAAUAUUUUUUUCAAGAAGUAUUAUGGACCAUUCAUUACUAAUAUUUGGGCCAAGUUGUUUGUGGUUGUGCUCUACGCAGGCUAUCUAGCUGGUAGCAUAUAUGGCUGUUUCCAAAUGCAGGAGGGCAUUGAUCUGAAAAACCUAGCACCAGAUGGUUCAUAUGUAGCUGGUUACUAUGACAAUGAAGAUAAAUAUUUCUCAGAGUAUGGACCGUUUGUCAUGUUAGUUAUCAAAGAUGAACACUUCACAUAUUGGGAUGAAUGCAGUCGUAAAGACCUCAAUAAAUGCUUGGAAAAAUUUGAAUCGUCAGACAAAGUAGCCAAAAACAUGAUUAUAUCAUGGCUUGAAGGCUAUGAGGCAUAUGCAGGCAGCAUUUCAGGUUUUGAUUUUUCAGACAAAAAUCAAUUCAUGCAAAAAUUACCAAGUUUUCUCGACUCGUUUGGUUUUAAGGAGGACGUCAUUAUCUCACAAGGAAAAAUAAAUGCUUCCCGAAUAUUUAUCCCGACCACAAAUAUUAUCACUGCAAUUGAUGAGAAGGAGAUGCUAAACUUUUUCAGAGAGACAGCUUCUACUUGUGGAUAUGAAAUGGAUUUACUCGUUUACCACCCAGCCUUUAUUUUCUUUGAUCAGUAUGCAGUCAUUGUUAGCAACACAAUCCAAAAUAUUGUAGCUGCUACUUUGGUCAUGCUUGUCAUCUCUCUACUGUUGAUCCCAAAUCCUCUCUGCUCCCUGUGGGUGACGUUUGCAAUAGCCUCAGUGAUAGUUGGUGUGGCAGGUGUCAUGGCUUUGUGGGAUGUCAAUCUAGACUCCAUCUCCAUGAUCAACCUGGUCAUCUGCAUUGGCUUUUCUGUUGAUUUCUCAGCACACAUUUCCUAUGCCUUUGUGGCAAGUAAAAGGAGGACCGCUAAUGAAAAAGCCAUCGACGCACUCCAGAGUCUUGGGUACCCUGUUAUACAAGGCGCUGUCUCUACACUGGCUGGCGUUGUUGUCCUCUCUGCAGCAGAAAGCUACAUCUUCAGGACUUUCUUCAAGAUCAUGUUUCUGGUCAUCACGUUUGGAGCAGUCCAUGGCAUCAUGUUCAUCCCAGUGUUCCUCACUUUCUUUGGCUGCUGCAGUGACAGUUCUGUCUCGGACACAGACAGUUUGUACAUCCUCCUCACUGUGUCUCCUUAG